UCGUCCCACUCCAGAAGCAGCGUUGAAGCGGUCUAUUAUUUAAAAUAUAUAAUAAAUUGGAUACACGGUAUAAAUGUUGUGAAAACGGCAUGAGUAAAGACGUCUCAUUAAUGCACACGCUGUGGACAAAGAUCUCUGCUGUCCUUCCUAAAGAUGAGGAAAAGUUUCCACUGCCUUUUGGGGCCGUAGUGGAGUCGAGUGUGGUGGAGAUGCUGAGAAGGUCCAGAUGUCAGCUGUACAGCGACACCACCAGCGCCAGCCGAAUGCUCACUGCCAAGAUCCUUUUGGAUUUUUCAUGGGAGAAACUCAAUACUGGAACAUGGCGCCAUGUGGACAAAGAAUGGAGGCGCGUUUAUUCGUAUGGCUGCCUCUUCAAAGUGGCCGCUCUGUGCUGCGGAGAUCCGUCAGCAGAGGAUGUCCUGGAGGCUCUGAGGACUUGUGACAUGGGUUUACUCAUGGGGGCAGCCAUCAUGGAGGAUAUACUUCAGGUUAUUGUGCGGAUUCUGCAAGGUGAAGUCAGGAAGUCUACUAAAGAAGAAGAUAGUGAACACCCGCAGCUAAAGAGAAUAAAGAUGGAGCAUGUUCCUGUGAUCAGAGAGGAGGUGGCCAUUCCCAGGGUGAAGCGUCCUUCACUGGAGAGCUUCAACACAAACUACCUGCUCCCCCUCAAACCGCUCAUCUUAGAGGGGACCAUCGAGCACUGGCCCGCCCUCAACCAGCACCCCUGGAGCAUAGAAUACCUGAGGUCAGUGGCCGGCUGUCGGACGGUUCCUGUCGAGGUGGGGUCCAGGUACACGGACGAGGGGUGGUCCCAGACUCUGCUCACCGUCAAUGAAUUUAUCGAUCGAUACAUUUUAAAUAAAGAUGGAGUGAAAGGAUCAGGUUAUCUCGCUCAACACCAGCUUUUUGAUCAGAUUCCAGAGCUGAAGGCAGACAUCCGUCCUCCUGAUUACUGCUGCCUUGGUGAAGGAGACGAGGAGGACAUCACUGUAAACGCCUGGUUCGGCCCCGGGGGGACCGUGUCCCCUCUGCACCAAGACCCUCAGCAGAACUUCCUGGCUCAGGUGGUGGGAAGCAAAUACAUUCGCCUCUAUUCCCCGGAGGACACGGACAAGCUGUACCCUCAUCAAUCCCAGCUCCUCCACAACACCAGUCAGGUGGAUGUGGAGAACCCGGACACAGAGCGCUUCCCGGAGUUUGCCAAGGCUCCUUAUCUGGAAUGUGUGUUACAGCCCGGAGACGUGCUGUUCAUCCCCGUCCAGCACUGGCACUACGUCCGCUCCUUAGAGCUCAGCUUCUCUGUUAGCUUCUGGUGGUCAUGACUGCACAAAUCUUUAAUACAAAAGUAUACUUUUUGUACAAUUUCAGUUGUUUUCUGUUUCUGUGGAGGCAAACCAAUUUGGGAGUUUUUAAAUAAUGCAAGGCUAAUUCUGAUAAAUCUUCGGACCGGCACUGACCUUUGAUCCACGAACAAUAAACACACAAUUAGAUUAAUUGUGCCGCUGAUGAUUGCAAACACAUCCAUUGUGUGGAAAGCUGGAAGCAGGAGGGAAAAAAAACAAAUGAGCAGUUAAAACUGUUUGUGCUCAUUUCAACCUGCAUAUAAUUACAGAGCAGUGUUAGUCAUCUCAUUUGAUAGGGUAUGUUUCUCUUUUCAAAUUGGCAUAUUUAAUUGUGUUCUCAACCUUAUCCCUACAACUAUUCUCAGAUGUAUGAUUUCCAUAAUUCAUGGAAAUGAGGCAAGUAUUCAAAUGUACUAACCGAGCGAGCUACAGGUACAAAGAUGGUGAUAAACAUGGCUCUGUGGUUAACUGACAGCCAGAGGCAAUUAGGCAGGUCGCAGAUUAAAUUAAUAAAUGAAAUGAAUUAAUCCCCUGGGAAAAGACAGGCUUUGAAAUUAAAACUUGUCUCAUUGGUUAAGCAGCCUGACAGUACAACUCCUGUCUCACAAACGCAACACCUGAUUACAAAGACGGCAACACUUUGUUUCACUUUUCAGACCUCUGACAAACCCGUCAUUAUGCCGUCGGUUUGUUUCAAUCAAACCCUCUAAUUAGAGUCAAGCAGUAUGACAGAAGUGACAACAUUAAGUAGAUCAGCACUGAUGUACACAUUUGAUCUGCCUUUCAACCCAAUUCACAGUCUGCGCACGGCAGACAAACAUCUGAGGAGAAGGUGAAGAGUUUCGUACGAUUUUUCAGCCCAAAUAAAUAGAUUUAAAAUACAAUUCAUUUUUUUCAAUGAGUGUGACAUUUUGACUUUGAACAAAGUGCAGUCUAAAACGGUAAUGUGGCUUAAACAAACAUGCAUAAUUUGCUGCAAAUGUAAAAUAAAAUGGGUUUAAAUUGUCUCUCUUUGACGGGUGACUGAAAUUUGGAAUCACUGUUUUCUCUAAGUGCUUGUAAAUAUGGGCUCGUUCAUGCAUUUCAAUUAUGAAUAGUAACCAGAGGUGGAUGAAGUAUUUAGACCUUUUACUGAAGGACAAUUACUUAAACCAAAUUGAAUAAAUACACAUGAAAUGUAUGAAAACAUUAGCAUCAAAAUGUACUCAAGUUCCAUUUCAGAACAAUAUAUUUAUUUAUUUAUUUAUACUUAUGAUAAAAAUUGUGAUUGCACCAAUGUGUUCAUCACGUCAAAGUUGAUUCUGGUAAAGGUGCAGCUUUUUUUUAAUUAUCUAUAGGCCUACUGCUGGGUAGCUUGUGAAUUUCAACAAGGGAUCAAUAACGUUUUAUGUUAUCGAUCUUUAAUCUAACCUAUUAAAAAUGAUGAUACAUAUUUUUUAUUGUAAAUUAAAGUAUAAUAUUUUCCUCUUGAGAUGUAGGGGAGUAGAAGUAUAAAUCAGCAGGUAGUGUCAAAUCUCAGUUCAAGUAGGCUACCUCAAAAUUGAAAAAAGUAAAUGAACUGAUAGUCAAUAUCUUAUCUUGAAAGCUUCCAUAGAACACCAGAUAAAACGUUCAACGUUUUAAAUUUAUUACUUUUGAACUUUGAAUUUUGAGAAACAUUGUGGCACACCCUGCUUUUUCAGUAAGUGUAAAAUAAUGCCAGUAUCCGCCUGUAUUUCCAAUCCGCUCUUAAAAUGUAAUGGCUUCUCCCUUACCCCAUGCUACACCUGUGCUACACCCUUCCACCAUGUUUUAUAAAAAUCCGGUCAGUAGCGUUUCCGUAAUCCAGCUAACAAACAACGCAACCUGAAAAACCUCCAUUGCGAGGGUAAUAUCUAAGAGCUGGUGCAUUAAACAUUGCCUGGGUUCAGGUAAUAGACUUAUCCGAACGUAGUUACUUUCCUUACGAGGCUAAACCAAUAAUAUGAACCCUGCAGAGUUUAAUUCUGUAAGUAAAUGCUGUAAACUUCAUUUAGCCCAUCAGUGCUUUGUUGUCGUCAAGUACGUGGCACAAUUGAGUUAGGAUCACACAAAACUGAUUACUCACAUUAAAAUGUAAUCAAUACUCAAUUACCAGUGAAGUAAUUUGGGGCCUUGGGGUCUUAUACCCCUUUCGCUUCCACCGACACCCUCUGCCCCCGCUCUUUUGAUUAAUGGGCUCAUUGAUUUUCAAAUAAAUCUGGCAAAUCAGGAUAAAUAGCGGUAGAUUUAUCUCGUUUUGUGGGAGAAUGAACUGGAUGUACAAUGGUUAUGUUGUGGUGAGUAAAACAUCCCUAUAAAUGUAGAUCUGAAACACAGGCUGAUUUAUGGGUUAUAAACAAUGUAAUCAAUAAUUAUGAGUGAAUAUUCCUCUAAAAUAAUAUGUGUCUAUGCAUUGAAUCUUUUAUGUUGUUUUUGGUGGCCUAGACACUAUCUGAGUUAUUACAGUUUGUAUAAGAAAAAUACUAACAGUUGUUCCUUUUCAUUUUGGAUGAAAUCUCCAAAAAUGAAUACAACUUUAUUUAUCAAGAUCGGGAAAAAACAUUGAAAAAAUGCAAAAUGUACAAACAAAGAGUUAAGAACAAGGAUUGUCAGGCAUUAGUUUACAUUUCUCUUAAACAUGACAGGAACAGUUUUACAUGACUUUCUCUCUUCCAUUUUCUUACAUCAUUCUGACAAACUAACAGCUUUUAAAGUAAAAAAUAUUUUUUAACCAUAUAACUCUGACUUCAAUAACAAACCUGAGCCAGAAGCAACUCUAACUAA